AUGAAUCUCUGGCAACAACCGGGCGCGUGUAGCCCGACCCACGCUGUAAUGCGCCCUGUUUUUCUUCCACGAACACGGUCAAGUAUGGCGGCAUCGGAGCUUUGCAAGGUGGCGUUAGGUUGCCUGUCGACUUAUCGGCCUUGUGUUGUCCCCCUCAGAGGCGUCUACACGCUCAACACCCUGCCACGCCGCCGAGGCGGUAAAACAGUUCUCUUUCGCAAAAAACGCGUCAACUGUCCUGCUCGACUUCCAAGCGAAUCUGCCAGAGUUAUUGUUGCAACAGACCUCUGUUCAUUCAGUUCUCCCUGGUGUGUAGAGACAGCAGAGACACAGAGAUUGAGGUCCCACAGCAGUGCAAGCGAGGGAGGCACUGGGGAUUCGGGUGCCUCAGUUUGUCGAUUUCACUCCGAGUGUGGGAGCCCUCUCCACUCUUCAACUGACGCACCUUCCACAGAAGCGCGCUUUCUUUUCUGGCAUCCGUUCUCUGAGGAAACGUCCCCGUCAAUAGGUUUUUCUACAAACGGUAAGGAAACAGGUUUGUUUGCGGCGGAUCAGCAGCGGCCUACGCAGCAUACAGUCUCCUUGGCGGGAGCGAUUGUGGGAUAUUCGCGACUCCUCCGUCGCUCGCUUCCCUCGACUAAAAGUCCGCAGUUCUCUCAAGAGGCGCGUGUCAGUUCUCGCAGUGUGCAGCGACACAGUGUGAUUGAAGGCGUGAGCCGUUUCCAAGGUAGUGCUCCACGGGCGGUCAGAAACGGUUCUUUUUUUGGACAGCGGUGUUUCACAACGGAUGUCUCUCUGCACAAAGCGGCGUCGGAAAAAGGAAAAAUAUUGCUGGAAGGCGCGGCGAGGCUCGCGGGAAAGGACAGCGGAAAUCCGGCUACCUGGUCUCUCCCGCCAACUGCCCCGGGGAGUCUAUCGCGGCGCGAAGCUGACGCUUCUUUAUCUCAUGUCACGGGAGAACCGAAAGCCUUGAUAGAUCGAAACAGUUUUUAUUCUCUCGAAGAAAUGCGGAAGGAGAAUCGACGCGGUACACCCGUGGACUUCCGACAAUACAUGCGUUCUCUUCUUCUUCCCAUACGCUUUUGGGAUGCGUCUGCGCCGAACGCGUCUCGCUCCACCCCUGAGAAGCCCUCGUCUUCAUUUUCUUUGUCAUAUUCUCGUCUUCUUCCCCCAAUCACGUUCAAAAAGUACAACGAAGGCAUGCACGCCGCCCAUCACUAUCCGUCGCGCCUCUUGCCGCCGUCCCAGUCUGCACCUCUUCCACCGAAUGUCUUGGUUACUCCCUUUACGCCGCACUCCGGCCAAGGAUUGAGAGAAGCCAGUCUGGCAAAGCACGCAGGGGUCAACACGGGAAUAACGAGAAAAGCAGGACAGCCCCUCUCCGCCAACAAGGAUCUUAGUGGAAAGGCGCAUCAGCCUCAGCUGCCUGUCCCGCUCACCGAACGAUGCGCAGACCGCCUGACCCUUCUUUUCAUUUUUACUGAUCAACCACCCCACAGCGAGUUGAAGGAUCUCACGAAGUGGCACCGAGAUCUUGAGGGGCAUCCGGAGUAUUCGGCGCUCGUUUACCCGGGUGCCUCUCGAACACACUCAUCUCAAACGUCUCGUGCAGGCGAGCCCACGGCCGAUGGCUCUAACCGGUCGUCUGCGAUGUACCUAGACUUGAAGAGAAAUACGAGAGCAACCAGCAGGGCAGCCUUUCUAAACGAGGAUUUGUAUCAAGUGGCCUAUUUAUGCAGCGAAUCGUCUACAUACUUUCUCCGGUGGCUCACACUUCGAUCCAUGAGGCACAUAGCGCGUCAUUUUGGCCCACAAAUGGAUAGACAUGCUAUGGUCGAUAACAACUCGAUUUCUCUAAACGGAUGUGCACCAUCCUUAUGGGGGGCAUUCUUGGGGCAUGCUGGGGAAGGCGGUCGGAAAAUAAUCGAGGCGACAGGCCUCAGUUUCCGGCCGGAAAUGGUCACGACAAUGCUAAUCGACCGUGCGGGCCGCGUUCGGUGGCACGCAGUUGGAGCGCCCACGGACGAGGCUGUCCAGUUACUCAUAGAUGCGAUGAAGGCCCUUCGUCGAGAAGUCCCCGGCGGUGUGCGUAGCAGGACACGACUGAACUUGUAA